AUGCUGCUGAUUUUGUUCCUCAUAACAAUUUGCUCCCAAGUUUCUGCAAACCAAGAUUCCGGCCCUGAGUAUGCAGACGUCGUGUUUCUGGUGGACAGCUCUGACCACCUGGGAGCUAAGUUUUCCUCUCACAUCAAAGCCUUCAUCAGCAAAGUGAUCAACAGCCUCCCCAUUGAGCCCAGCAAGCACCGCGUGGCGCUGGCCCAGUACAGCGACUCGCUCCACAGCGAGUUCCAGCUGAGCACCUUCAAGAGCAGGAACCCCAUGCUCAACCACCUCAAGAAGAACUUCAAUUUCCUGGGGGGCUCCCUGCGCAUCGGGAACGCUCUCCGGGAGGCGCACAGGACCUAUUUCUCCAGACCCACAAACGGCAGAGACAAGAAGCAGUUUCCCCCCAUCCUGGUGGUCCUGGCUUCGGCUGAGUCUGAGGAUGACGUGGACGAGGCUGCCAGGGCCCUGCGGGAGGACGGAGUGAGGAUCGUCUCUGUGGGAUUGCAGAGGGCGUCUGAGGACAGCCUGAGGGCCAUGGCCACGCCUGGGUUCCACUUCAGUCUUCGGACAGUCAGAGACCUCGGCACCUUCUCCCAGAACAUGACGCAGAUCAUCAGCGAUGCGGCUCAGUACAGGGAGGUUGUGGCCGAUGAUGCUCCUGUAGAAGGGUGCCAGGGCCCCUCUGUGGCCGACCUGGUGUUCCUGCUGGAUGUGUCUGCCAACGGCAGCCAGGAGAACUUCGACUCUCUCAAAGGGUUCCUGGAAGCAAGUGUGUCUGCCCUUGACAUAAAAGAGAACUGCAUGAGGAUUGGCCUCGUGGCCUACAGCAACGAGACCACCACAAUAAGUUCCCUGAACCAGGGUGUGAAUAAGUCGCAGGUGCUGCGGUACAUACAGGGCCUCUCGCCCCAGGCGGGGCCUGCCUACAUGGGUGCCGCCUUCGCACAGAUCAGGGAGGGCGCCUUCAGUGCUCAGAACGGCAGCCGGAAGAACCAGGGGGUGCCGCAGAUCGCAGUGCUGGUGACCCACAGGCCCUCCGAGGACAACGUGACGGAGGCCGCGCUGGUUCUCCGGCGCCAGGGCGUGUCCGUGUUCACCGUGGGCGUGGAGGGCGCCAGUGCCGCCGAGCUGGAGAGGAUCGCCUCCCACCCUGCCGAGCAGUACGUCUCCCUGCUGGAGACCUUCUCCGACCUGGCGGCCCACAACCAGACGUUUGUGAAGAAGCUGCGGAACCAAAUCACGCACAUGGUGUCGGUCUUUUCAGAGCGGACUGAGGCGCUCAAAUCCGGUUGUGUGGACACUGAGGAAGCAGACAUCUACCUGCUCAUUGAUGGCUCUGGGGACACCCAGGACACAGACUUCCAGGAAAUGAAGGCCUUCCUGUCAGAGGUGGUCAGGAUGUUCAACAUCGCUCCCCACAAGGUGCGGGUGGGGGCUGUCCAGUACGCUGACCACUGGGACUUGGAAUUUGCCAUCGACAAGUACUCGAAUAAACACGACCUGGGAAAGGCCAUCGAGAACAUCAGGCAGAUGGGUGGGCACACAAACACAGGCGCGGCCCUGAACUUCACGCUGGGCCUGCUGCAGAAAGCAAAGCAGCAGCGAGGGAACAAAGUGCCAAGCCAUCUCGUGGUCCUGACGAAGGGCGUGUCCCAGGACUCUGUGCUGGAGCCUGCAGAGAGACUGAGAAAAGAGCUCAUCCGAGUUUAUGCCAUCGGGGUCAAGGAGGCCAACCAGACACAGCUACGAGAAAUUGCAGGCGAGGACAAGAGGGUUUACUAUGUGCAUGACUUUGACGCCUUGAAAGACAUAAGAAACCAAAUGGUUCAAGAAAUCUGUGCUGAAGAAGCCUGCAAAGAGAUGAAAGCUGACAUCAUGUUCCUGGUGGACAGUUCUGGCAGCAUAGGAACUGAAAACUUCAGAAAAAUGAAGACAUUUAUGAAAAACCUGGUGAGCAAAUCUCAGAUUGGGGCAAAUCGGGUGCAAAUUGGUGUCGUCCAGUUCAGUGACAUCAACAAGGAGGAAUUCCAGCUCAACAGAUUCGUGAGCCAGAGCACAAUUUCAGAUGCUAUAGAGGCCAUGGAACUCAUCGGCCAAACCACCAUGACUGGUAGUGCCCUGACCUUCGUGUCCCAGUACUUCAGCCCUGCCAAGGGGGCCCGACCCAAUGUCAAGAAAUUUCUCAUCCUCAUCACGGACGGUGAAGCUCAUGACAUAGUCAAGGACCCAGCCGAAGCACUUCGGCAAGAAGGCAUAAUUAUCUACUCAGUGGGGGUGUUUGGCUCCAACUUCACACAGCUCCAGGAGAUCAGCGGGAGGCAGGAGAUGGUUUUUUAUGUUGAGAAUUUUGACAUCCUGCAGCACAUUGAGGAUGACCUGGUUUUUGGAAUCUGCAGCCCCCUCGAAGAAUGCAAGCGGAUUGAAGUUCUAGAUGUUGUAUUUGUAAUUGACAGCUCUGGCAGCAUUGACCGCAAUGAAUACAAUAUCAUGAAGGACUUUAUGAUUGACUUGGUGAAAAAAGCAGAUGUUGGCAAGAGUCGAGUCCGGUUUGGGGCGCUGAAAUACUCUGAUGAGCCAGAGGUGCUCUUUUAUCUGGACACCUAUAACACAAAGUCGGAGGUCAUCUCGGUGCUCCAGAAAGACGACUCCAAGGGAGGCAACACUUACACCGCCAAGGCAUUGAAUUUGUCAGACCACAUGUUCACGGAAGCCCAGGGCAGCCGCCUACACCAGGGGGUCCCCCAGGUCCUCAUUGUCAUCACUGAUGGGGAGUCCCAUGACGCGGAUGCCCUCAACGCCACAGCCAAGGCCCUGCGGGACAAAGGCAUUCUUGUCCUGGCUGUGGGGAUCGCCGGUGCCAAUCCCAAGGAGCUGCUGGCCAUGGCAGGGUCACGAGACAGAUACUUCUUUGUGGAAACGUUUGGAGGCCUAAAGGGGAUAUUUUCGGAUGUCUCAGCCAGUGUGUGUAACUCUUCAAAAGUAGAUUGUGACAUUGAAAAGGUCGAUCUGGUUUUCCUCAUGGACGGCUCAACUAGUAUUGGCACAAAUGACUUCAGCAAGAUGAAGAAGUUCUUGGUCUCCAUUGUUGAGGACUUUGAUGUCAGUAUUGAUCGAGUGCACAUUGGCGUGGCCCAGUUCAGCCACACCUACCAGGAAGAGUUUUCCUUGAGGACGUUCAUAGGCAAAAAGCAGAUCUCAAAUCAGAUUGAAAACAUCAAACAGAUCUUCGGGAACACACACAUUGGCGCCGCCCUCCGCCGUGUGGGCCGGUACUUCCUGCCCAACUCGGGCAGCCGGAUAAAUGCAGGUACCCCGCAGGUGUUGCUGGUGCUCACGGACGGCCAGUCCCAGGACGAGGUGGCUCCAGCAGCGGAAGACCUGAGACACAAGGGGAUCGACAUCUACACUGUGGGCAUCGGGAGUGUGGACGACCAGCAGCUCGUGCAGAUCACCGGCAGCGCGGAGAAGAAGCUGACUGUCCAUAACUUCGAUGAACUGAAAAAGGUCAAGAAAAGGGUAGUUCGCAACAUCUGUACCUCGGGAGGAGAGAGCAGUUGCUUCAUGGAUGUGGUGGUGGGAUUUGACAUCUCAACUCAGCAGAGUGGCCAAACUCUCCUUGAAGGUCAGCCCUGGAUGCAAACUUACCUUCCAGAUAUCUUACGUGCCAUCAGCUCCCUCAAUGGGGUGAGUUGUGAAGUGGGCACUGAGACUCAGGUUAGUGUGGCCUUUCAAGUGACCAAUGCCAGGGACAAGUUUGCACCCAAGUUUGAGAUCUACAGUGAGAACAUACUGAACAGCUUGAAGGAUGUAACAGUGAAGGGACCAUCUCUUCUCGAUGUGCACCUCCUAAGCUCGCUCUGGGAUGCCUUUCAGAAUAAAUCAGCCGCCCGAGGAAAGGUGGUUCUUUUAUUUUCAGAUGGGGUGGAUGAAGAUAUUGAAAACCUAGAGCUGAAAUCUGAACAACUGCGGAAAGAAGGCCUGAAUGCCCUCUUGACGGUUGCUUUGGAUGGAGCCACCGAUUCAAGUGAUCUGUCUGAUCUUCUCUACAUCGAAUUUGGGAAAGGAUUUGAGUACAGGACCCAGCACACCCUUGGAAUGAGGGAUCUGGGGAGCCAACUGUCAAAGCAUCUGGUCAAUGUUGCUGAGAGGACAUGCUGCUGUUUGUUCUGCAAGUGCAUCGGGGGAGAUGGCGUGAUGGGAGCACCUGGGUCACCAGGGAAAAAGGGACCCCCAGGCUUUAAAGGCAGCCAAGGCCACCUGGGAGAGGAGGGCGCUGCAGGAGAGAGAGGAGCUGCUGGACCCAUGGGGCAGCCAGGUUCUAAGGGAUGCACUGGUACCAAAGGGCCUAAGGGAAACAGGGGACUAAAUGGACAAGAGGGAGAAACUGGGGAAAGCGGGAUUGAUGGAUUAAGUGGAGAACAGGGUCAUAGUGGUCUUCCUGGAAGAAAAGGAGAGAAGGGUGAUGAUGGAGCCCAGGGAAGUCCAGGAAAGAGAGGGAUUUCUGGUGACCAUGGAGCAAAAGGCCAUCGAGGGGACCCUGGAGUUCCUGGAUUUGACAGUCACAUCGAAGGACCCAAGGGCUUGAAAGGAGAACAUGGAAGACAAGGUAGAAGAGGCUGGCCAGGCCCCCCUGGAACUCCAGGCUCCAGAAGAAAGACAGCAGUUCAUGGCCGACGAGGACUACCAGGCCCACAGGGGGAGCCAGGCAUCCCAGGCCCAGAAGGUUUUGAAGGCUCGCUGGGAUUUAAGGGCCCUCAGGGUCUACGAGGAGAGGCUGGUAUCAAAGGAGAAAAAGGAGGUUUGGGAAGUAAAGGUCCCCAGGGGCCUCCAGGACCAGAAGGAGGGGCGGGGAGUCAAGGCCAUUUGGGGAGCCAAGGAAAUAAAGGUGAACCUGGAGACCUGGGAGGAAAAGGAGCCGUCGGCCUUCCUGGCCUUCGAGGCUUGCCGGGUGAUGACGGCAGCCUGGGUUAUGGGGCCGUCGGGAGUAAAGGAGCGAAGGGGCAAGAAGGAUUUCCUGGAGAAGGUGGACCUAAGGGUGAAAUUGGGGACCCAGGUGUGCCAGGAGAAACCGGGCCCAAAGGAGCAAAAGGCAGAAUGAUAUCUGCUGGGCUUCCAGGAGCGCUGGGAUCCCCUGGAGAGCAGGGACCUCCUGGACACAAGGGAGUGAAAGGGAGCAAAGGACUGCCUUCAUUUUCCAUGUGUGAGCUCAUUCAGUAUGUGCGGGACCAGAGUCCCGGCGGACAUGGGAAGCCAGAAUGUCCCGUGCACCCGACCGAGCUGGUGUUUGCUUUAGAGCAGUCCCGGGGCGUCACCAAGCAGGACUUCAAGCGGAUGAAGGAGAUGGUGGCCUCCGUGCUGAGGGGCAUGAGGGUGCGGGAGAGCAGCUGCCCGGUGGGCGCCCACGUGGCGGUGCUCGCCUACAACUCCCACACCCGGCACCUCAUCCGCUUCUCGGACACCUACCGGAAGCACCACCUGCUCCGGGAGAUCGAGGCUUUGCCCUACGAGGAGUCUUCGGAGGGCGGGGAGAUUGGCCAAGCCAUGCGGUUUAUCUCCAGGAAUGUCUUCAAGCGCAUGCUUCCCGGGCCUCACACCCGGAGAAUUGCCACGUUUUUCAGCAGCGGCCAGUCUGCCGAUGCCCAGACCAUCACCACGGCCACCAUGGAAUUCAGCGCCCUUGGCAUUGUCCCGGUGGUGAUCGCCUUCAGCAACGUGCCCUCUGUCAGGCGCGCCUUCUCGAUUGACGACACUGGCACAUUCCAAGUCAUUGUGGUUCCAUCCGGGACUGACCACACAGCAGCACUAGAGAGACUGCAGCUGUGCACUUUCUGCCACGAUGUGUGCAACCCAGACGCCUCUUGCCAUGAAGUGCGACCACUCACCCUGCUCUCCUAUGUGGACGCUGCCUUCCUUCUGGACAGCUCUCGGCAGGUGGGCGAUGCUGAAUUCGAAGACAUAAGAGGCUUCUUGGCAGCCCUGUUGGAUCACUUUCAAGUGGCUGACGAGCCAGAGACCUCUGUCACUGGAGACCGGGUGGCCCUCGUGAGCCACGCUCCCCCCGACUUCCGACCCAACACGCAGAAGAGCCCCGUCAGAGCCGAGUUCAACCUCACCACCUACCGCAGUCGGCGCCUCAUGAAGAGGCACGUGGAAACCUUGGUCCAGCAGCUGAACGGCGAUGCGUUCACCGGCCACGCCCUGCAGUGGACGCUGGACAAUGUCUUUUUAAGUGCACCCAACCUGAGAAGAAACAGAGCCAUAUUUGUGAUAUCCACUGGGGAGACCAGUCACUCAGACAGGGAGACGUUGAAGAAAGCAUCCCUGCAAGCCAAGUGUCAAGGAUAUGCCCUGUUCGUGUUUUCCCUCGGCCCUGCUUGGAAUGACAAGGAACUGGAAGAUCUUGCCAGCCACCCUGUGGAUCAACACCUGGUCCAGCUUGGCCGAAUUCAUAAGCCUGACCACAGAUACAGUGUGAAGUUUGCGAAGUCCUUUAUAAACUCACUCAGGCGUACACUCAACAAAUACCCACCAAUAAACUUCAAAACAAGGUGCAGUAGGAUCAGCUCCACAGACCCGAAGCCGCCCCCACGGCACAUGCAAAGCUUCGUUCCCAGACCAGAAAACGCUGCUCUCAGAGGAGAUAUCCUUCGGAAGGCAAAAUACUUUCAAGAUAAUAAGUUUCUUUCAAGACUAGCAAGAGGCGGGAGAGAUACUGUUCAAAAUUUUGCCAGAAAGACAUCUCAGGCCUUUCAAAAUGAGAAAAAAGUGAUAAAAACUUCCCCCAAGUGACAUGAUAAACCAAAACCUCAAAGAAUCUCACCUUACAAAGCGUGAUAAGACUCUGCACUUAACUCACCGCUCCGCUGCAAGGACGGAAGACUGUGGCCGCCUGUGUUCGGGGUCCACCUGGGCCGCGCAGGCCUCGGCCAGAAUGUCAGCCGCAGUGCUUGGUGUCAGGAUGGCUCUUGCCCAUUCGGCCCCUCCUGCCAGUUGCCACAGUCUCUAACCAAUAGGUUCAUUAAAGGAUGGAUGAAUGCCGUGUUUGGGAAGCCCGGGGCGAUCCCACGGAAAGGUAAACUGUGCCCCGUGUACGCCCGUGCGUGACGCCGACUCGCCUUCUCUCCACAGGCGGUCUGUGCAGCCCACUUUCUGCAAGUCUUUCUCAGUCUCGCAGUGUGAAAGCUCCUGUUUAACUGAAGGUUCAUGUUUUGCAAGACCCCAACUUAUACUCCAGAAAGCAAUGCUGUUUGUGUCAUAAUUAGGAAAUCUGACUUUCAGUGAUGAGUCCAUAAUACAUCACUGUCUGAGUGGAUGGGCUAGUCCAAGUGGGCUUAUGCUAGAAGAUUCCUCCCACCUUCUGCAUGUUUGCUUAGACAGGUAGCAGAGGCUAAUUUUCGCCUCCUUCAGAAAAAUUCAUUAUCUUCCCCAGAGUGUAAAUCAUUGCUUUUUAGCAGGAAGUUCCCUCACCAUGC